AUGUCACCCGUAGAGAGUCGGCUGUGCGCCAUCUGCCGGGAAGCGAUCCAGUGGAAGAGCGACGGCCUUACAAACAGCCGGGUAACGCCCGCUGACCAGUCCUUGGAACGGUUUCGAAAGGCUGCGGCCGACAACUGCUUUGUCUGUCGCAAGUUGAUUGAUCUCAGCGAGGAGCAUCGAAAGGCGUGGGAUCGUCUUGACCCCGAAGCCUGGAGCCCUUUCGACGAGUUCGAAGAGCUCUUUGUGUUCGCUGAGCUUGAGGGCAAUACCGGCUCCCCGACAACUCUCGACACGGCCUAUGCCUGGUUCAGUGAAUGUUCAUCCCACCACCGGGAGCGGUGCAAGGAUCCUCCCACAUCGACCGAUGGAUGGCUCCCAACACGUCUCCUCGACGUUGGAGCCGGCAACGCCUCGCAUUGGAAGCUUCUGAUCAGCGAUACCGACCUGAGAGGAGGGCCUGCCCCUGCUUAUUUAACCCUCAGCUAUCGAUGGGGGACGAAUCCUCAACAUGCGCUCUUGCAGUUGUCUACUCUUGACCAAUACCGCAAAGGAAGCAAAAUUUCGGACCUGCCACAAACGUUUCAAGACUUGGUUGUGGUUGCCCGGCGUUUUGGCGUCCGAUACGUGUGGAUCGACUGCUUCUGCAUCAUUCAGGAUUGUCAAGAUGACUGGGAGGCCGAAGCCCCCAUGAUGAGACAGGUUUAUGCCAACGCCGCCUGCAACAUUGCAGCCUCUGCCUCGGAUAGCCCUGAAGGCGGGCUCUUUCGGUCCCGGACUAUCCAGGACAUUUGGCCUGGUGUCAUCGUGAAGAAGUCGACGUCGGGUCAUGAAGGGAGAUUCUACUGCGUUGACAGCAAUUACUGGGACCGCAAUCUGCUGACAUCCUCACUCCAUAGCAGAGGUUGGGUCUUUCAAGAACGCUUUCUGGGACCGCGGCAACUCUACUUCACCCGUGACCAGGUCUUGUGGGAGUGCCUCGAGGGGCACAGAUGUGAAGGUUUCCCCAACGGAGUGCCGCUCUAUGACUCGCCGAAGAGCAUCGAUCAGCUGUUGGUGCUUCCUGAAGGUGCAGAACGUCACGGGCAGCUACAAGACCCGGGCGGCAAUUGUUGUCGCGAGGAUGCCAUGGCUCUCGACGCCGUCAACCGGUGGUGCAAUCUUGUGACAGCUUACUCGCAUUGCCACUUCACCAAUCCCGAAGACAAGCUGUACGCUUUUUCGGGGAUCGCAAAGUUCUUCCAAGAGAUUACGAACGAGACGUACGUCGCCGGCCUGUGGCAGUCGCGCAUCCUGGACCUCCUCGGCUGGGUCGUGACCAGGCCACAGGCGAAGCCUUCAGGCGCGUACAGGGCACCCUCAUGGUCGUGGGCGUCCGUGGACGGACCAGUUGAGAUGGCCAAGCCUGCGCUGGGCGAUGUCGAGCCGUUGCUGACCGUUCUAGAGGUGCACGUCUCGACGAAGAGGGAAGAAGACAAGACGGUUGGCGUGACGGGCGGCUUUAUCAAGUUGAGAGGAGCAUUCAUCACGGCUUCCUAUACGCGGGAUUCGACAAGAGCCCAUCGGCUCCUGCAUGUUCAGCUUGACGACGGCGAUGAGACCACGAUUUCUGCGCGGCCGUGGCUGGACACGGCGGAGGUGCAGUUUGGGAAGGAGGCGCCUUCCACUUCUUGGUUCUGCACAGUCUGGCCAUUUCCUCCGAAGAAAAUGCUGCCGAUGCGAAGAUGGCGAGUCUUAAGUGUCUCGUGUUAG